ACUUCAUAAAAAUCCAUUAAGAUAUUGAUUGAGUUUAUUUUAAAGAGUUAUAUGCGUUAUUUUCAUGGUGAAACGGUUUUUCCAAUCAAGUUUUCAGCAGUGAAAAAAAUGUAAAUGAAACACUUUAAAUUUGACCAAUAAAUGAAUAUACAAAUAUCUUCAAGAAUAUGUGUUAUAUAAUUGCAUAAUAUUUAAAUGCAAUUGCAUUCUGUGUAUCGCUAUUGGUAAAUCGGGAAAUGUAAGCGAUGAAGCUAUUUUAACGUACAUCAUAAAUGGCUUAGCAAGUGAUAGGAUUUACGAUAAUCUCGUAGUGCGUGAAUAUAAAGAUAUGCAUGAACUGAUGUCGCACAUUCAACGAUGGGAGACUCUUCUUAAAUUGCGUGGUACAUCAAGUACCUCGUCCUACCAACGUUUAGAAAACACACGGGUUAAUGAAAAUCAACGUGAGAAACCGAACAGAGCAGCGCAGAUCAACAGAAAGGAACUUGCUAGUGUGCGUUGUUACAACUGCUCUAGUUUUGGGCAUUAUUCCGGCCAGUGCCUAAAGCCUCGACGAACGAUUGGUGCAUGUUUCUCGUGUAGACAGCAUGAUCAUCAAAAGCUUGAAUGCGCCAAUGCAGCCGGGAAGAAUAAUAUACCUGUUUUUGCAACUAAUGAAACUACAAGCGAGAGGGAUAGCUAUGCCGAUAUAGAGAAAAUCAAAGCGUAUCAACAAACCGACGAGUUUUAUCAGUGAAUCUUUCGUCUCAGAUGGAGCUGCGAAAAAGGCUUCUCCUUCCGGAUACAAGGGACUAGGGAAUAAACCACUUUCGUCGCUUGGACACAUUAUCUGCAAUAUUGGAUUUCCUCAUAAAAUCAUAUCUUAUCGGGUUAAAAACCUUUCAAAAUCAGGAAUGGAUUGGCCAAUCAUUAUCGGUAGAGAAGCUUCGGAUAAGUUAAACGUUCUUUUGUAUCACUCAUUUUAUUUGUAUAGUAAAGCGAAAUUAUUGAGCAUGAAUAAUAAAACAAUGAA